AUGGGCCUCCCUAAGGACAUCCUGGAAGACUGGGUACUGGAAAACAUCAAGAAGUUUGACGACAAACUCGUUGGACAUCCAGCCAACGGCACACGAAGAAUCUCUGGACAACUCUUCUCUCCUCCUGACACUGUCGGCACCCUAAGCUCUGCCUCCUCCACUGCGACCGAACUCGCACCCGCGCAUCCAGACCUGCAAAUCCCCCUCAACCUCUACUCGGUCCAGGCCUUCGAGUUCAUAGGAUUCACGACCAAAGCUUCAGAACACCUCCUGAAAAGGUGGACAUCUGAAGAUGAUCAGACCCUGGAACAUAUCAUUACAACACAUGUUCAAGAGUUUUGCGAUGACAUGACUGCGGACUGGCGUGCAAGUAUGAAAAGGCUGGGAAUUUCAGAGGAUAUACAAGCAAGGAUAAUGGACCCCAACUUCACUCAUAUAAGAUGCGCCGCAUCUCUGCUGUUCUGGAUCCUGGAGCUUGUGUCUGAAAAUCUCUGGACACUAGAGAACUUGAGUGAGCGGCUCAAUCGGAAUCUCGCCAUCAUCAAGUCUGGUCCACAACAGUUCCCCUCUCUACGUGGCGGCGCUCCUCAGAACAGAUCGUGUUAUCAGUUGACCCAACCUGGUCAUACUACUCUCUUCCGUGCGACGUCAGCAGCGAAGCUGGUCAAGACAUUCCAGCCAAACUCUCUCCGCCUAGACAAGAUGUGUUUCGGUACAGUCGUACCAAGCGACUUCUCCCUUGAUAGAACCGCGUAUCAUUGGAGUACCGAAUACUGGGUCUCGGAGCGAUUUGCCGCAUACACUGCCAACAUCAUCGGCGCACCAGCUAACAUCUGCAUAAUCCGAGCACUGGUGCCACAAGGGCUCUUGGAGGGCAACAAUGUCUGGAAAUUGAAUUUUAGCAAUGACUGGAAGAAAUUGGUUUGGUAUUCACGUAAUGAGGAACCGUACCCCAUUGACAUCCAGAAGAAGUGGGACGAGUCUAAGCUCAUCAUCGGACCAGUCUCCAUCAACGUCAAUGGGACAUUCCAGGAGAUGAAGACAUGGAAGGACGUAAGCGAGUCCAACACUUUCCGUGUUGGCCCUGAGGAGGGUACGCAGCAUGUAUGGAUUGGGGCGGCGGCAAUGGCUCAAAUGAACGAGUCUUUGGAGGGAAAAUGGGAUAUCUUCAAAGGCCAGUGGUUGCUUUGUAGAAACAACGUGAGGGCCGACUGCAAGGCCAAGUAUAUCUCCGAACCUGAGAGGUGGGUCAAGGACCAUUUGCCUUGA